CGUGUCGUUUGGUUUGUUAUAAAAUUCAUGCGGAAGUGGUAGAAUAUAAAGCUUAGCAAUUGCAUUUGCGGCCGAAGGCAAACGUAUAGGGAGUGACAAUAAAACACUGCACCAUUAAAUGGAUGUAUUGUGUAAAGUUAUGAAAGAAAACUGGUGAUAUAAAUAAUGUAUCGACUUUGCUGAUACAAUUAAUCGUAAACUACUUGGGCAAUUGUGUGUACUUUUCGUUAACUACUUAUUUUUGUUUGUGUGUACCAUUCACUGCUACUCUCAAACACAAAAUUGAUUUUUGGCUUAACUCGCAAAAUUCUCGUUACAACCACUACUCUCCGUUGGUCCGGUUUUUGGACAUACCAUACCGGGUAUCUUCGUAUAAACGUCGCUGUCAUUUCGUUACGACUCGUUUGCAGUAAUUUAUUUUCCAUAAAUAAAUUUGUUAUGCUUUGUUAAAAUUAGCGGAAUAUAAAUACAACAAAAGAACGAUAUAAGAAACGGAGUAUAAAAACGAAAAAAAGCAACGAGCCAGUAAUUCAGCUAAAAGAAAAUUGGGAGAAUUUUCGUUAGCGGCGGCAAAACAAUGACAGCAACAAUAAACAUGUGAACGAAUGCAAUGAGAGCAAGAAAAGUUAACGAAAACAAAUUGUACAAAAAAAGCUCUUCAAAUCAAACGAGUUAAACGUAGAAAACGCGGUGAAAACGUUGAAUGAAAAUUGAGAAUUUCUCGCGCUGUUUACAUGCUGCAGUCAGUCUGGCAGACAACAGACAACGAAACUCAUUUAUUCUUACACAUUUUUUGGUUAAUGUUGCUAUUGUAAAAACUGUUUGCUUUUGUUGUUAUUCUCAAUGAUUGUGAAAAUAUGUGGCGGCGGUGCGUUGGCCGAUGAUCGAUUAUGAUGGCGGCGUCAAUGAAUGCAACAGGGCAGACAGCAAGUGGCACAACCUGCCAAGCAGCACCAACGAUUUAUAAAAAAUAGAGUAGACGAGUUUUUUAUGUCUGAUAUUAAGUGCUAUAAAGUAACAAUUGCUUGAAGAAAAAAAUGAAUAAUAGUUUCCAAUAAAUUACAAGAUAAAACGCGCGCGCUAAUAACAAUUCAAGUUAUCGAAUUUAUUAAAAACCAUUUGAAAAAAAGUGUGAAACUUCUGCAAUUUUGUACGCUCAAAAUUUGUUGGCAAGUUGUACUGUAUUUCUACUCACUCGAUUCUUCUACACAUUUCGGAUACAAUCAUCCAAAUCUUCUAGUUCUGUGAUUCUUGUGUGCCAAAUUUACUCAAAAUUCGUAUUAAAAAAUUUUCUGAAAACUUUUUUUGGAUAAUCAACUGCUGAGAAAAAUAAGAUCUGCAAAUUUUUCCUAAUAUUUCAAAGACAAAUGCCGCUACGUAAUUAAACCAUAAACAACGACAAAAUGGAAUUGGAAAUGUUAUCCUUUGUUUGUCGUAAGCCGCUGAUUUGACAACGUGCUGCGCCUGCGGUUUAAACGGUAGUACAACGCGGCUCGAGCUUUGCUUCAGCUACUUAUUCACUACUCAACUGAACUAUCGACUUUAGUUAGCUGUGGCCUGUCGAACGCAGCUGAACUUUUCCAAAGCGCAACAACUCUGACUCCACAUUUUCGGCGCGUCUAAUAAGUGUGUACUGUUACGCACAACUUUACGCCACUUUCUCCGCAGAGAAACUUUACCAGAAAACAUAUACAUAGACACACAAUGGCCAUGUCUCGCGCUACGGCUAACAGGCGCAGAACGAUAGAACGGCAUCCGCUUGCGUUCUGCAAUUCCGUCUUCAUCCUCAGCGUCGUGCUCCUGCUACACACACACAACUGCCAUGCGGACGGCAUGCAGCAUUUAGCGGAUAGCGGCGGUGGUGUUGGCAUGGGCGGCAUGGGCUCCCAUUCGUUGGAUGUCAGUCCCGCGCCUGGCUAUGGGCUCCCCGCCAUACCAAAGGAUCCCAAUUCUCGCUGUGAAGAGAUCACUAUACCAAUGUGCCGCGGCAUUGGCUACAACAUGACCUCCUUUCCGAAUGAAAUGAACCACGAAACACAGGACGAAGCGGGUCUGGAAGUACAUCAGUUUUGGCCGCUCGUAGAAAUCAAAUGCUCGCCCGAUUUGAAAUUCUUUCUCUGUUCUAUGUACACGCCAAUCUGUUUGGAAGAUUAUCACAAACCGUUGCCUGUUUGUCGUUCGGUUUGUGAACGUGCACGCGCUGGUUGUGCACCCAUCAUGCAGCAGUACAGUUUUCAAUGGCCAGAGCGUAUGGCUUGUGAGCAUUUGCCACUUCAUGGUGAUCCCGAGAAUCUCUGUAUGGAACAGCCUUCGUAUACUGAGAGUGGCAGUGGCGGUUCAGGCCGUGAUGGCUCGUCAGGCGGUUCGAGUAGCUCAGGUGGCGGUGGUGGCGGCGGCGGUAGCGGUGGUAAGCGCAAGCAGUCUGGUGGAUCAACUUCACAGAAAUGCAAAGGCAAAAAUUCAAAAAACUGCCAAAAUUCCCUAGGAGAAAGAACAAACACAAAGGAAUGCACGUGCACGUGUCUCAAACCACUACUACUCCUGGGGAAGGAAGCGCUCAUGCAGCCACCACUCAUGCACUACCCCUGGUACAUGAAUUCAACUGUACAAAGAAUCGCCAGCGUUCCAAAUUGCGCGAUCCCUUGCAAGGGCCCAUUCUUCACAAACGACGAAAAGGACUUCGCCGGCGUAUGGAUCGCCCUGUGGUCGGGCCUAUGCUUUUGCAGCACCCUCAUGACGCUAACUACGUUCAUCAUCGACACCGAAAGGUUUAAGUAUCCCGAAAGACCGAUCGUCUUUCUAUCCGCCUGCUACUUCAUGGUCGCUGUAGGAUAUCUCUCGAAAAACUUUCUGCAGAAUGAAGAGAUCGCUUGCGACGGAGCUUUCUUAAGGGAGUAUUCGACUGGACCAAACGCAUGCACAAUGGUAUUCCUGCUAACGUAUUUCUUCGGCAUGGCAUCGUCGAUUUGGUGGGUUGUACUCAGCUUCACUUGGUUCUUGGCCGCUGGCCUCAAGUGGGGCAAUGAAGCCAUUACCAAACAUUCGCAAUAUUUUCACUUGGCCGCCUGGCUCAUACCCACAGUGCAAUCGGUGGCCGUGUUGCUGCUCUCAGCCGCGGAUGGUGAUCCCAUACUCGGCAUUUGCUAUGUUGGUAAUCUCAAUCCAGAUCAUCUGAAGACAUUCGUACUGGCACCGCUCUUCGUAUACCUCGUCAUCGGCACCACCUUUCUGAUGGCGGGCUUCGUUUCACUCUUUCGCAUACGUUCCGUAAUCAAACAACAAGGCGGCGUUGGCGCCGGUGUUAAGGCGGACAAAUUAGAAAAGCUUAUGAUACGUAUUGGCAUAUUUUCCGUCCUCUACACCGUCCCCGCAACCAUCGUAAUCGGAUGCUACCUGUAUGAAGCCGCCUACUUCGAGGACUGGAUCAAAGCGCUCGCUUGCCCGUGUGAACCGGUGAAAGGACCUGGCAAGAAACCAUUGUACUCAGUGCUAAUGCUGAAGUACUUUAUGGCACUGGCCGUAGGUAUUACAUCGGGCGUUUGGAUCUGGUCUGGUAAGACGUUAGAAAGUUGGCGUCGUUUCUGGCGUCGACUUUUUGGCGCACCUGAUCGCACCGGCGCCAAUCAGGCACUCAUUAAACCGCGACCGCCCAUACCGCAUCCGUACGCCGGCUCUGGCAUGGGUAUGCCUGUGGGAUCGGCGGCUGGUUCGCUGCUCGCCACACCAUACACACAGGCGGGCGGCGCAUCGGUGGCUUCCACCAGUCACCACCAUUUGCACCAUCAUGUUCUUAAACAACCGGCAGCGAGUCACGUAUGA